CAGCAGCAGCAGCAGCAGCAGCAGCAGCAGCAGAAGAGGCGGCGGCGAAAGGACCUCUGGCAGCGGCUGCAGGGCCCUGUGGGGCUGCUGCUGCUGGCGCUGCUGCUGCUGUACGUGGUAGUGGCGGAGCGCCGUGCUGCAGCAGCAGCAGCAGCAAGAGAGAAGGCCCUGGAGGAGGGCCUCUCGCUGCUGGAAAGUGCAGCAGCAGCAGCAGCAGCAGCAACGAAAGAAAGGGAGUUUGCGCUGUCGGCGACGCAGGAGAUAGCAGCAAUAGUGCAGCAGCAGCAGGAGACAGCAGCAACGCUGGAGCAGCUGCAGUCGCGCCGGAACUCGCUGCUGCAGCGUUCGGCAGCAGCAGCAGCAGCAGCAGCAGAGCAGCAGGGGAUGACGCUGCGGCAGCACCACGAGCAGCUGCAGCGGCUGCUGCAGCUGAAGCACGAAGCCGAAGCAGCAGUUGAUGCAGCGCGGCUGCUGCAGGGCCUUCCUGCUGCUGCUGUGGGGCCGCUGCUGCAGCAAACGCGGGAGCAGCUGCAGGAGCUGGAGGCGAAGGACAAGGAGCUGGGGGAGCGGCUGCAGCAGCUGCAGCAAAUAACGACGGUGCAGCAGGCGCUGCAGCAGCAGCAGCAGCAGCUGGAGCAGCUGCAGCGUUCGGUGGAGGCGGCGCGAGCGGAGCAGCAGCAGCUGCAGCAGGAGGUGGCUGAGGGGGAGGCCGCAGCAGCGGCGGGCGCGCAGCGGCGGCAGCAGCUGCAGCAGCAGCAGCAGCAGUCCGCAGCAGCACUCACUCUCGCCCUUAAUGAACUUGAUGAGCUGCAGCAAGCUCCAGCAAGACACAAAAUAAAAGAAGUUGUGCUGCAGCAAGCUUUUGAAGAAAUGGAGCGGCGGCGGAAGUACAUAGAGUUGCUUGCUGCUCCUGCUGCCAGCUCGGACGCAACAGCAGCAGCAAUUCUGGCUGCUGCGAGCAGCAGCAGGUUCGCGCCGCUGGGGACGGAGCCAGCAGCAGGAGGAGCAGCUGCUGCCGCUGGAGCAGCAGCUGCUGCGCGCGCAGCGCGAGCAGCUGCUGCUGCUCUCCGAGAGACAAACUCUGGAAGCAGAACGCGAGCUGCUGCAGCAGGAGACAGCAGAGGAGACACAGCUGGCGCGGGCGCUGCAGCAGCUGCUGCUGGCGAAGGCGGAGGUGUCGGACGCUGCUGUUGCUGCGUACGCGGAGACGCCGGCAGCAGCAGCAGCAGCAGCGCUGCCGGAGUCUGCUGCAGCGCUAAGGAGACACCACUUUGCUUUUGGGCCCAAAGUCUUCGGCAGCUACAGAGGCCACAGGCCGCAGGAUGUGUGGGCAGCUUUGCUGGAGCCGCGGGCCGACGACGAAGCAGGCAGCAGCAGCAACUUGCUGCGCCUCGCGGGCGCGCGCGCUGCGCUGCUGCUCUGGCAGCAGCAGUGCUGCUGCUCGCCGCCGCCGGGCCCCACGGGCCCGUCCAGCGCGUGCUGCUGCAGCACCGCCUCGAGCUGCUGCAGCAGCAGCAGCGCCUCGUCCAGCUGCUGCUGCAGCAGAAGCAGACCGAGCUGCAGCAACUUAGAGACGCUUUAACCGCUCUCUCGGAGACAGGCCUUUGGGGCGUGGACUUGCCCCAGGUGUCUCUAAAGGCCCACGCCUACAUGACGCGGCUGCAGCAGCAAAUCGAACACCUGCAGCAGCGGCAGCAGCUGCUGCAGCAGCAGCAGGACCCCGAGCUGCUGCAGCAGCAGAUUGCUGCGGCCUUCGUCGACGCCGCCUUCGCGCUCUACGAGCGCCAGCAGCAGAUCGUCGCCGCCGGGCCCGCGGAAAAGGCUGCUGCAGCAGCAGCAGCAGCAGCAGCAACAGCAGCAGCAAACAAGGCCCACGCAGAAGCCGUUGCUGAGGCGCUGCAGCAGCAGCAAGCCGAAAUCAUCAAACUCAACAAAAAGGAAGCAGAAAUGUCUCCUUACUUCGAUUGGAGACAAAUUAGAAUUGAAGUCGCCGAAGAAGAGACAGAGGAGACAGAAGACGCAGAAGCACAGCUGCAGCAGCAGCAGUUUGCUGCAGGAGACAUUCUUGCUGCUGCUCCCGAAGCAGCAGAAAUCAAAACCCUCGGCAAGCUCACGGCCUUCACGCUGCCCGGCGUGCUGCAGCUGCAGCAGCCGCGAAAGAAGGCGAAAAAGCGCAAAAGGAAUAAAUAA